GGGUAGCCGUCGGCGAGAGGUGGCGGUGGUUUUGUACGGUGAAGAAAAGAGGGGUUAAGUGAGCCGUGCCGGGCCGUAGAAGCGAGCUAGCGGUGGCGCGGCCCGUGCUCGUGCCAUAGGACCUCUGCCAAGCAAUAGUGCGUUCGUUUACAAGAUGGCAGACGGUCCGUCCGCGGAAGACGCGACCACCGACCUAGGGGACUGUGAUUUUCGUUUGAGGAGGGAGCGACACAAACGUCAAGACGCCCCGUCCUCGAUGACGUCCUUCGGCACGGUUCAAGACACCGCGAGACGCAUCAACGAAGACGCUUCGAAGUUCGAGAGUCAUCCUUAUCAUCGACUGCAUCAACAACAUCAACAUCGUCCUCCGCGUCGCAACGGUCAUGCCCAUUCUCAUCUUUCUCGUCGGCAUCCGGGUAAUGCCAACAAUAAUAACAACGGCAACAAUCAUCAUUACCAUCGUCGCGAGAACGACGACGUCGUGGUCGUCGUAGAUGGUAGCGAGCGAUUUGGGAAAAACGAGAGUGGAAACGGAGCUGGUAUCGACGCGAUUCGCGUUCUUUCGUUCGCGUCGGCGAACCGGGAGGAUUACGACGAGGACGAGGAGGAUACGUCGGUGGAUGAGAACGGUGAUUCGAAAAAGUGUCGCGUUGUUCGUAUCGAUGUAACAAAGACGGUGAAGAACGGUGAGAACGGGAACGGUGGCGGUAAUAGUAAUAAUAAUAAUCGGAGCAGUGGUGUCGAGGGUGACAAUGCCUCCUCCGCCGACGGCCGACGCUUGAGGUCUGUGUUCCACGACUCGAAUGCAACGAACGACAACGGGGACGCGUUACAGAAAGUGAAUCGUCUUGGAUGCGAUAACAACGAGGCCGAGAGAGGAGUAGACGACGCUGAAAAGACAGACGACAUUGCUAGUGAUGGUAGUAGUAGUGAUGGUAGUAGUGGUAGUAGUGGUAGUGGUGCUGCUGCCGCCGCCGCUGUUUCUGCUUCUGGUGCCGCUGGUGUUACUGCAAAUGGCCUCGUCGCCGCCAGGCAUCAGGGCAGCCCUUUCAAGGGACAGGUUAGGACGGCCGAGGACACCCUCGUCGGCCCUUGUGGGAAGAAGCGGUGCGCCGAUCGAUACGACAGCUCCGAGAGUUCUGACAGUGGAGUCGCAGUGUCCUGUGGGGAUUGUAGUAGCAGCGGUACCAGCGACAUCACGGAGCCGGGGUCUCCGUGCAGCACGAGCAGCGACGAAGGGGUAGCGAUUCGUGGCGCGUCGGCCAGUCCACUUCCGUCCCUACCCAAGCUGGCGCCGUCCUCGCAGAUCGGUACCAGGCCCCAGUGGCCCUGGACCCCGCCUCUGGCCGCCACCGCCUGCUCGACCUACAAAAGGCUCAAAGGCGAGCCCGAGGCUGGCGCCUUGCCGAGGUCCGGGGCCGCCGAUCCAACCUCCAGAGGUACCACCAAAUCCAACAAGUCCAACGUCGCUCAUCAUCACGAGACGCAAGGGAAGAUCACCGAGUACUUCAAAACGCAGAUCAAACCACAGCAACCCAAGAUCAAGAAGAACAGCGAGGCCAUGUCUGUGCUGGUUUCGAAGAGCUCGUCGGAGUUCAGGAGGCCUCCAACGGUCCAGAGGAACAAGGGCGGUUUGGCGAAGUACCUGGGUACUGUUCCGUCGAACGGACGGAACAACUCGACCAACGACUGGGAAAUGAGGACCGUGGCGAUGUCACCGCCGUCUACGAAGAAGCCGCCAGCGGUAAUCGUUCCGAGGACUAAUGGUAAGAUGGACAAGAAGUUGACCAAGCCGGUGCCCAGUUUGCCGAUUUCGAACGACGUCUUGAAGAACAUACCCAGCUGCAAAAUCUCGUCGCUAAGGUUAACGUCCGAAACGAUCACCAACUCGAAGAUAGCGCAACCGACGCCAAUGCCACCCGUCACACCGACCAGCCAGACGGUACCGCUCGACUUCAAGGGCUGCAUCACCUCCAAGCCGCACGUCAACGAGAACAACAACCUGACGAACGGUUGCGGGAAGCUCCUAGGCUCGUUGAGGUCCAGCCAAGACUUCCUCUCGAGGCUGUCUGUACAGAGCACCACCGAGGCCAAGGAGACGAGGGUGAGCCGCGCGGUCGAGGCCUACGUCGAGGAAGAGGAGGACUCCUCGAGGAGCAGCGAAUCGAAACCGUCGCUGUCCCCAAUACUCUCCGCGCCCACCACCAUCAGAUUCCCAGCACGGAUACCUGGAAAGGACAGGCAACAGGCCACCGACAGCGGAGUAUGUCGAUGGGACAAGUGCGAGGAGAGCUUCGAAUCCAGCGGAGGACUCCUGGAACACCUGCAGGCUGCUCACAUCAACACGCAAACGGGCGGCGAUAAUUUUGUCUGCCAGUGGCAAGGGUGCAAAGUACAAGGGAGAAGUUCCUGUUCGCGGAGAUGGUUGGAGCGACACGUACUAUCCCACGGCGGAAACAAACCCUUCCGGUGCAUCGUCGACGGCUGCGGCAAUAGGUUUAGCUCACAGACUGCUCUGGAGAGGCACGUGAACGGACAUUUCAAUCAACCCGAAACCAGCAACAGCAGCACCAAACGAAGCUGCGAGAGCGGCGGAAAGCUGGUCAGAAGGAACGGCAAGCGGCUCAGAUAUAGACGACAACCCUGGUCUGGUAAGUCGAGAAUUUUUGACUACUUCGACACUGGAGUGAUGGAAGGUCUCCAGCACAGAUUGCUCCAACUGGCAAAGUCGAGGACGCAAGGCCGCCUGGCGGAGACACCGGGAAACUCGAUCGCCCUCACUAGUCGAGUAUUAGCCCGAAGAGUGGAAUUGGAUGGGAAGACUAGAGUCCUGUUGCGGUGGCACCCUGCCGAUAUCAAGCCGGACGAGUGGGUGCUCGAGACCGAAUUACAAAACACCGACAACGUCGACAUACGCAAAGUGUCAGCUACCAAUCCGGACGAGGUGAGCCUGGCCCUGUACGCGGCGGUGAGCGGCGGAACGCCCCCGUUGACGCGGGUCAAGCAGCGCCGGAAACCGGUGAAGAACUCGUGAUAAUGUCGAUCACGGUGAUCGAGGACAAGCGCGACGAUGCAGCGACGACUAAGCCAGAGAACGAGUUAGGGAUGAGUCCUGUAUCAGGACGAUUGUGCUUCCUGGUCUGUGUGGGGAGGAGCCUGGCGAGAGAAACCGGAACCUGAACGUAUCCAGAGGAAAACCGGAGUAAGACGUGUCCCGAGACCACGAGAACAUCGUCGGAGAAGAAACCGAUCACGGACGCGUCCGUGACGAGCUCCAUGAGUUCGCGUACGCGGACGAGGAGGAGGGACGAGCAACGGACAAACAUUGGAGACGUGAGAGUGCACGAAGAUGAAAAAGUGGAAUACAUACAUUCUAAUUUAUUUAGCCUAAAUCCAUCGGCCAUUAGGUAAAUAUAUAGUAGUCGUGGAUAGCGAUGAAAGAAAGGAUAUUCUUGUUGCCUAUCGAUACCAAAUUAACUCAAACGUUUGGGGUCGUAUCCUGCCACGAGUGCCUGGUUAUCAUGGCGACACACACUCGUCGGACUCGGAAGAGCUAGGCUUGGGCCUCAAAAGUGCCUCACCGUGGAUGCGUUUUAUAUCGUUGACCGUCGUGCAAGACCAAUCGUAGACUGCGGAGUUGAAUUAAAGUGGCGGAGAAAAAUAUUUAAAAAAAAAAGAAAAAUAAAAAAAAAAUAAAGAACACGCCGAAGUGGAGAUCAAUGACGCAAGACGACGACGACGACGAGGAUUUUACGUACGAAUAACUCGACGCGUUAAAGUAAAGCAAAUAAAAAAAAAAAAAAAAAAAAAAACGUGUGAGAGAAUCGAACAAAAACUGUUUAAACGUUAGUUAACGACUGUAAGGAGAUAAUCACUCUGGUGGCCUUAGGAAUCAAUUAAUAUCUAGCAACGGCCCCUUGGCUGCUUCCGGGCCCUGUUCAAGUACCCCGUGACAGAAGCCAGAAGAGAAGGGGUGGAGAAGGGAGACGCGAAACGCGCGUACUUCUUCGACACACCCUCGACCCUCGACCAACUUUCAGAAGGAGAUGUAUCUACCUCGAUCUUCGGCUCGGUAGAAAUUCGUGCUGGCCGUUGUCGUGCGACAGGGGGGGGGGGGGGGGGGCCAGAGAAAAAAGGAGAAGGAACAAGCAAAGGAACGAAAAACGAGGGGGCGUGCGUGCGUGGGUAGUAUCCGAUAACGAAAUCACACACGUGCAAAGAGAAAAAGGAAACGGGAGAGGAACCAUUGGAGGACGAGCAGAAGUCUAUCGACGAAGAACACACAAAGUCGUUGACACGAGAACACAAGAGAAGGACGGUCAACGUUCUCGCCAAGGAACCCGCAAUAGCGAAGACAACAGUCGAACGACUCGUACGCCAAUCGAGAUUUCUAUCGAGACUUAUCCGUUUACUUCCCUUUCGAGAAGAGGACAAUGUACAAAAUGAAAAUUAAAGAGCAAAGGAAGCGUGCUCGCGGCCCGAGGCACGCUCGUGAGCAUAGAAGCUUCGGGUCUCCCUAGGAUUCGAGCUUGCCUCGUUCAGAGCCCUCGAGAGGCGCGUUUGAUUUCGAUAGUCGCCUAUUUUUAUCUUCCCGCCGAGUUACGUGCAGCAUGUCGAUGCGAGCGUGUCGCUGCGAAUACAAUAAAAAUCGAGCGAUCGUUUCUUUCUAUUCGUCCCUCGCGUUUGUGUACCGCCCGGCGUCGCCAGGGAAUCGCACAUCGGAGAAACCAUCUGUCGGCGUUUUUUCUUUUUUUUUUUUUCGUGAAGUUACCAGAGAGGAGUCGUUCAUCUUUGGACACGGCUGCCGUUCGAGCUUUACAGUCGGUUCCCAAACGGAGGAGGGAUCCGAACGCGUUGGAAACUAGCGAGGAUCAUCGCGAAGGAAGACUCGACGAGAACCUAACAUCGUCGUACCACGAGUCGGAGAUGCCUGCGUGAAAAUGAAGCACACACUUCCCGGAUACGUGGAGGAUCGUUGAAACCGAUUAUUCGGCAGCGAGAGCGGACGGCGCAUCCGUGCUGUACGAUUCGUAGACGAGGAGCUGUUAAAUCUGAAUAAUUGGGGGGAGGGGGGGACAAAACACGAAUGGCUGUGUUACAUUUUCCACACGGAGUUACUAAAGGGUUGGGGGGAAGGGAGGGGGGGGGGGAUUAUAUGAGACACACACACGAGCAGCGUACGAAGAGGACGAGGGAGAGAGAAGAGGAAAACACGCGCUGGAUGACGGAGUGUGUCGAAUCGCUAUUUUCAUAGAUGUAGAUUGAUACGCCGAGAUCGUAGAAAAAUAUAUUUCUCGCAUCGCCGGAAUACUUCUGACAUCGUGGAAUGUGAUUGCGCACGUUGUACACAUAUAUAUGUAGCGGAUAAAGUUAAACAAACAAAAGAAAAAUGAAAAAAAAAAACAAAAAACACAGAAUACUUGUAAAUUAAGAGAAAGCGAAAGGGGUGGAAAACCCGUGUCGAUGACGUGUGCUGUAUGGCUAAAAACGGGAGGUUUUCGGGAACGAGGAGGAUAUAUGUACAGAUAUAGAAGAUAGGAUCGAACGAAAAGCGUAUACGCAAAGAGAACCCACCGGGAAGAGUAACCGGACACACACGGACGGAAACACGCCUAUACACACCAGCUAAGAAACACUGCCAAUACGAUUGUAAUUAAGAACUCUAGGCUAAUUGAUCGAUUAAUUAUUCUUACUAUUAUUAUUAUGAUUAAACGUGUAAUCCGAUAGAUCUCUAGUUUCCGCGCGGAUGUGUAUGAGAGAAGCGUGUCUCGCUUGCACCUGUCGCGCGAGCGCGCUGAUUUUCUUUUGCCGCGACCAACGGACGGAGAACCCAAAUUAGCGACGAACGGCGAUCACGAGGGGUGUACAUAGUUAGUCGAAAUUAUCGAUGGAUCCCUGGGAAACGAUAGGGCCACCCGGGGGAUCAAGCCUAUCAGCUUGCGACUUCAAGCGAGGAGGGUACUUCUUUUUAAUCCGGAACUCCUACGUUUCGAGCGACCACGUGCUCGCGGAGAACGACGCGACGAUCGCGAUCGGUGAACACGGGCACCAGAGAAGAGCGAUCGACGCGAAACGGAGAGAAAAAGGAACGCGUCACUGCCAAAAAUCGCGCACUGUCAGCCGUCGUAAUCGCGGUAGCCGCACACACCUUAGAGCCUUAUUUCCGUCGCGCCUAAUCGCGCGCGCACGCUUCUGUGUUACUGAUUUCGAGGAGCGUGGAUCGUUCUUCUUCCUACCCGCGGGAUCCGCGCGGUCGAUUCUUGUCGAUCGUCUUCGAGAGCGUGUACCGAGAGCGCGCCUACUGCCAAUUACUAUAAGUCGAGGGACGCGAACCAAGGCACUGCCAUCGAAACGUAACGGUGUGAUAAGGCACACUUUAUACGUGUGAAUAGGGUGUUUGUGAGAUACAGGUGCAGACUUUAGCUCUCGCGAGAGAUGGAUGCCUAUGUGUUAGAGAGAGAAGGUAUCACACUGCCUGUCAUGUAUAUACAUUCGUACCCUCAACUGCUGACUUCAUUUUAUAUAAGUUUUACUAUUAAUGUUGCAGAAUUUUUAUUGGUAAACAUUGAACUGUAUUAAUUAGAAAUUGCAUUUGUGUUUGUGUCGUUUCGAAUUGCAUUCACUUUUUAUAUAAAAAAAAAAUUACAUCAGUCGAAACCUUAAUUAAUAAAAUGUACGUAUUUAUACCGAUUCCAUGACAUUUUAAAAUCAGUAAUUUAUAGAAGCACUGCCAACCAUUCAUUUUCACUCGCUCGACGAGUUGUAUCGAUCCAAACAGUCUCGUACCUGUGAUUUACGAACACCCUGUGUAUACGUGUGGAUAUAUAUGUGUGUGUAUAGCUAUAUCUAUGUAUACGCGCAUCCGGUCGUUGAAUCGUAGGUGCAAUCGACCGAUUUCGUUUUGCGCGCGCGACUCUUCUGUCUGUUUUCCUCUUUUGUUUUCUUUUUCCUUUUUUUUUUUUUAUUAAUUGCUCCGCCGAGACACGGUCCCUUUUUCCUCGUUAACGAUAAAAAUCUUUGCUUUUCCCCAUUCUCGUUUUCUUUUGGCAUAUCCCCUCAGUGCCAUACACGACGCGUCCCCGUGUGCUGCGCGUUCCUUGUGAUUUCUCGUGUUCAUGUUUAUUUGUGUUCAUUGACUUAUUUCGUGGCGCGAUCGAUCGUCGUUCCUCCCGUUCCACUGUCGUCGCGUUAGAUCCCCCGUUAGAUCGUCGAGGGACGUAGCUCGAUCAUUAAAAAUUAAAUAAAUUAAGGUUUUAUCACGGGUGGGACCAAUUCCUCGCGCGGCGUACGUCGUUUUUUUCCUUUCCUCGCGCAAAGAGACUUCUUUUUUAGGGAAAUCAUUUUUUUUGUACAUUCAGCGGUUAACGAAACAUCGAUCUGCCGUGUAGGUUAUUUAGUUAGAAAUUGUUAAGUUCUAUUAUUAGUUGCCGCGGUUACGGCGGGAGAAACCUUUUUGGACGUUCGAUCGCGCUUGAUCUCGUGGAUGGUGAAUCGCGGAGUGAAAUUUUGGGCGAAACGAAACUGCUCGGGAGCCCUCGGGAAUUCUAAAGUCUGAUCUCUUCCAAAUUACUCCCGGAAAUUUCGGUUCCGUUACUCGCGAUCGAGCUAGCGACGUUCGAUUCAAAAGACUGCCCGUGACUUAUACAAACUUUUGCGUUUAUGGGAUACAUGGAAUAUUUUUUAAUUUCUUCGUAAAAUUAAUGGUUUGUUUUAAAUUUGUGUUUGCUCUUUGAUGGGCGAGGAGCGUAUGAUGUGUUGUAUACGAAUGUUAGAUAGUACAGAUUUGUUAACAUUUGUAUGAGGAAUUGAAACAAAAUUUAUCCUUUUUUAAUUGCUCACUUCCUAGGACUCUAAUGUUUGUUUCAUGUUCGAACUUCUUAGUUAAAAUUAGGGACACUUUAGCGCCGUCUAGAGAAAGUGCUUUUUUUCUGUUGCAAGGAAAUUAGAUUAUACGUAUAGUUGAUGCAUAAUUUAGGUAUAAAGAUUCUCCAUUAUUAUUAGGGCGAAAUGGAAUAGGUGCGUUUAAGACUAUUCGUGUAUACAAGAAUGGAAUAUAAAAUACGUUCUUUUCUUUGACCUCGAAAACAGCGACGUUAGCUCGAUCGACCAAACGAACGUUCCGUCGCUCUGGACAAAAGUCGCGCAUUUAGCGAAUAAAAUGUUUAAGUAAAAGGAGGCAAAACAACGAGACGGAAAGAAAGAGGAGAAGGACGCAACGUCUCUCGAUUUCAGUGUAACCAUCGUACGCUUGUUUCUUUUCCUUUUUUUCACCCCUUAAUUCCAACAGGAACGCGCUGUAGAUGUCCUCGUUUCCCUAAUUUUCGUUGGAACCCCUUCCCCCUUACCUCAAGGCGUAAAUCCGUCGCGAGAACGCUCCAUUGACCUUUUACCCGCGCGAUUCUACGCAUUAAAGCAGUAAAUGUAUAUUUUAGCGAGACGUUGUAAAGUUUUGCGUAAGAUAACUUUUAGAGAUAUCGAUCAGCAGGAGCGUGGGAGGGACUCGGUCCGAAGUGGCGCCGCCAGAGACGGCCAGGAUUUCGUUCGAAUAAUAAACGACGAAUAGAAGGAGCAGCGAUUUAUUAUCAGUGUUUGUCGAGCGGUUAUCGAGGAGGAGUUGAGAUCGUAGGAAUAUAAUUUCAUUUUGUAACUAAACCUGUAAUUCUAGAGAACAAAGUAACUCGAGUAGCAGCUUCUUGAAAUGGAUUCGUCUUUCCGGGAUAAGAAAUCUCUGCCCGUCUCUGGAUUCGAGGAGGAAUUCUGCGAAGGCCUCGUGGCCGUUUCUUCGGUUCCCGAUGUCGACACUUGUACAUGUGUAAAACGUGUGAAAGAUAAGGGAGAGAGCUUACCGUGUGAGAGGAAUUACCGAGUGCGAGCGAGAGAGGGAGAGAGUACGUUGUUACAAUUAUAAGAAUGUUUAGAGUACCCUGUAAAUAUAGGAGACACGAUCGAUAAAACGGGAAAUUGCGAUCAUCGGGGCUUAAAAUGAAUCACAGAACAAAGAAACGGCGGGCGAGAAAGCGUGAGAGAAAGCGAGAGAAGGGAGGGAGGAGAAUGCUUUUGGUGGACAGCGUAUUUUUGCAAAAAAUAAAAUUAAACUAUUAAAACAUUAUGGAUGAACGUUGAUAAACGAUUAAGCGGAAUAACGAAGGGAUCUUUAUCGUUGGAACUCUCUCCCUCUCUGUCGGGGGUUGAACCCGUCUAUCCUUUGAUUUUGCUCUCUUUCGAAGGAGGAAUUCGCCCCUGUUUUCGGCGUUUAUUCGAGAAAACAAACGUCGCGUCACUGAAUGAUCGCUUUGCGAGGAGAUAAGCAACAAGCAGGGAGUCAUUGGUGUUUGGUGCAUCUUCAACAGCUGACUUAGGGAGUUGAUAUCUUCUCAGGAUAAAUGUUACAGGACCCUGAUGCGAAUGUACGUUGUAUCAAUUAAGCUUUCAAUGGAUGUCAAACCCUUUUGAAAAAUAAGAAUCGAAUAAACGGAACUAGAAGUGUACAGAAAUAAAUAGAGUCUAAUAGUUCAGUUGUUUAUAGAUCUGUAAUAAUAAAAAUUUUAUAAGAGAAAGUGAAUUUUCAAUGAAGUUCAAUAAAAUACUAUACAAGAAUUUCGUUAAGACAAAACAGGGAUUUAAAAUAUUUCGGAAAUUUUUCAGGAAAGUGUUUGUACUCGUGCAUCGGACACUAGAUAUAGCACUUUAAUACUCAAUUCUCAUUCAGUAUUGCUAUUUCUUAGAAGAGGAGUUUGUACCAAUCGAAAGCUUGAUCAAUACAGUGAAUACGUUUACAUAUAACCAUCCCCUGUAUUAUUCUAUCUUAGACGCAUAUCGAUGGUUCUAAGACACCAGCGAGAGUGCAGAUCACCAUAGAACCAUGGAACACCGGAAACGAUGCUUUUCUGUUUGACAAAUUCGAGAAGGCUGACGGUUGCUCGGAAAGGAAACAGUGUGUUCGUCAAACCUACUAUCGAUUCUUCUUUCCCCGUCGAUUAGGCCGUCGAAACUCGUGUGUACUUGAACCUUCGGCCAAGGUCGAAGCUUGUAAAGAUAAAUAAAAUCUCGUUUCUAUCAGAUUAACCCUCGAGUGCGCUCGAAUCGCGAACCCGUGUCGAUGUUCUCUAGAAUUCCUACUAUGCGAGCUCGCGCACAGAAGAAAGAGAAACAGAAGACGUUAUAAAUAACGCACUUCGCCACGCUAACUAUCGAGUUCUACGAAUAGAACGUACUUAAGGGUUAAUUCGAGCCGGGAAAAAGAGCUCGAAACGCUCGACGUGCCAGCGAUUCGGAAUUAAAGCGGGCAACGCUCGAUCCACCGGCCCAUCGAUCGAUCGAUCAUCGAUGCAAUAUCCCCGAACGAAGUUGAGCGGUCGUCGUAAGAGUUUUAAAAAUAUCCAUGCUUUAAUUCCAAAACGAUUGCCACGGAACCGCGUUAAUUAACAAGACACGAUCGAUGGAGCGAAAGAAAUUGCACGUGUAUGGUUAACUCUAGAGUAUCACACUUGUUCGUUAAUUUGUUACUUAAAUUUUUGUCAUUCUUGGAAGAAGUUGUAUCAGAAAGGGGAUAUUGAAAAAGUAGGUAGAGUGCAGUAUCUAUAAACGAUUUUUAGUUCUUCAUUUGCCGAGGAGAAUAUACUAUAGAAUUCCUAGAGACACAAACUGACCAAUGAUCGCUUUCAUCGCCAAUGACCAACAGGUCGAUGAAACGAUAAACUCUGAUCAAGACAAAACAUAUAUUUAACCCGAUUUCCGUAAUGCUUAGACAAUGAAGCUAUCCCAAGUGUUUCAGAACGAUCACCCUGCCCUGUAAUUAAUAAAAGGGUCUUGUAAACUAUUUUCCUUGAUUUCAGUGGAUCCUGGUGUGGUACUCUAUGGUCAACGUUAUCUUCUCGUAAUUACGGCUUUCUAGUUUUCAACACGUCUCUCUCGAAAGCGCGUCGAGAGAAAUGGGUGCGCGACGUCCUUUAUAACGCAGCGAGACAUUGCUUGUAAAUGUACAAAGAGAAUAAACGAAAAUAAACGUAGUGGACUUGGAGGAUGUUGCGUCCGUCGGAUCUCGGACAGACGUCGCGACGAGAAAUUUGAUAUUCUCGAGGGACGAUCAGUGUAAAUAUCGAGAAUUGCCCUAGACGUAGCGUAUUACGAAUAUAGUGUUUGCAUUUAUUAUAGAGUCUAUGUACGAGCAUUACGGAGGAAAAACUGUCGAGUAGAGAAUAUCCAUGUUUCCUUCGCAAUUUCACAUUUGCCCUAUCGUUCGCGGUGAAGCCCUUUCAUUCCUCUUUCCGUCGUGCAACAGAAAUGGAUGUUUUACUUUCAUAAUUGGUGGUAAAUAGAAACCCUAGAACAAUUCAUUUAAGAUUCUAUUUGAUUUUUUAUUUAGCGCCUUGAUCGCCGUGUGAGAAACCAGGGUACAGAGAAGAGAAAGGGAGGAAAAGGGUCACGGAUUAUUUAAUACACUGGUUAUGCCACGACGAAUUUUAUUUUCAAUUGUUCACUGUGAAACAUUUUAAUACUUUAGAAAGGUAUUUAAUUUCAAUUAUUCAAUCGGAUGUUUCUCUUGAGAGCGUAAGGAAAGUUAGAUACAGGACAAGAUGUAGAAAUAUGAUAAGGAAAAAAUGAUUGGUACGUAAAGAAAAGUUACUGCUAAUGUUCUCCCCAAUCGACGGGGAACCAAGGAUGAGUAUGGUCGGACAAGCAGUGCUUUUUGAAAAUCAAUGAAAACUGGAAAGCCCUCUAUCGUUUUUGCUCGAACAGACUCCGAUCGAUUCUUGAUAACCUACUUUUUUGCCUGAUCGAGGGGAACAGUAAUGUUUGUUUGACAAAAUUUUCAAUAUUCGAUAGUCGUGCGCGACUUAAUUGGCCAGUCACUGGUCAGGGUUGCCACGUGUUCUAUUUUCAACACCACAGUCACACCAUUGUGUCCUAGAUCCUACAUUUUUGUAAAACGUUCUACUUAUACAGUGAAUUUUCGAUAAGUGUCACUGGAUGACCGAAGGAAAUGAAAUUUAAUCUCAAGUAGUGGGAAUAGCCACGCGACACUUAACAAAGAUUCCCUGUAUCUCGAGAACAAAGCCUCGAAUAACAAAAUGGCAAAGGACUUUUGCAUUUACCUUUACACGAGCAAUAAAUAUAUACGCAUACAUUUAUGUAUAGAUCCUCAUCCUCUCAGGAACAAACCUGCUCCACUCACCACCUGUUCACAUUUGGCAACCCUGACUAUAAACGGUCAAAGGGAACACGAAGGAAACGGGGGAAUUGAGAGAACAAAACAAUUGUUUCGCACUGCCGAAACGGAGAAGGAAAUGGGAAGCUUCGCGUCUCGCGUUCGUUGCGUGGAUCUUGUCGAGCGAUCGUCGAAAGCACCGUGGUGUUCAUUAAUCCACCUAGUGGUACCCCCGAAAGAAUAUAUGAGAACCAGACGGACGAGAGAAAAAACAUAAGAAAAUAAAAAAUAAUAUCUGGAUAAUGCGCACGCGAGGAUCCUUUUAGACUCCGUAUUAAGCGCGAACACAGAGGUAAGAAGCAUCGAACAGUGCUUUUGACUUUUUCGAUACUUUCAUGUACAAAACACGAAUGACGGUUUAUAGCUUAAGGAGAACAUUAAAGAGAUAUUGUAAGAGAGUAAUAAUAAUUUCACGGUUACGA